AUGGAAAAAAGGCCAUUUCCAGCCACCCACUUCUGGUCAGAUGAUGAUUUCAUACAAGAAGCGGAGGACUUUCUAAACAGUCAAGAAAAGGACUUCUUUAAAGGGGCACUAAGGGCAUUAAACAUCUCUGGCAGAAGUGAGGCAGCAACCCACCAUCACAGGAGGCAGCAACCCACCAUCACAGUAGGCAGUAACCCACCAUCCACCAUCACAGUAGGCAGCAACCCACCAUCACAGGAGGCAGCAACCCACCAUCACAGGAGGCAGCCACCCACCAUUACAGGAGGCAGCAACCCACCAUCCCAGGAGGCAGCAUCCCACCAUCACAGGAGGCAGCAACCCACCAUCACAGGAGGCAGCAACCCACCAUCACAGGAGGCAGCAACCCACCAUCACAGGAGGCAGCAACCCACCAUCACAGUAGGCAGCAACCCACCAUCACAGGAGGCAGCAACCCACCAUCACAGGAGGCAGCCACCCACCAUCACAGGAGGCAGCAACCCACCAUCCCAGGAGGCAGCAUCCCACCAUCACAGGAGGCAGCAACCCACCAUCACAGGAGACAGCAACUCCCAUCACAGGAGGCAGCAACCCACCAUCACAGGAGACAGCAACUCCCAUCACAGGAGGCAGCAACCCACCAUCACAGGAGGCAGCAACCCACCAUCAAAGGAGGCAGCAACCCACCAUCACAGGAGGCAGCCACCCACCAUCACAGGAGGCAGCAACCCACCAUCCCAGGAGGCAGCAUCCCACCAUCACAGGAUGCAGCAACCCACCAUCACAGGAGACAGCAACUCCCAUCACAGGAGGCAGCAACCCACCAUCACAGGAGACAGCAACUCCCAUCACAGGAGGCAGCAACCCACCAUCACAGGAGGCAGCAACCCACCAUCACAGGAGGCAGCAACUCCCAUCACAGGAGGCAGCAACCCACCAUCACAGGAGGCAGCAACCCACCAUCACAGGAGGCAGCCACCCACCAUCACAGGAGGCAGCAACCCACCAUCCCAGGAGGCAGCAUCCCACCAUCACAGGAGGCAGCAACCCACCAUCCCAGGAGGCAGCAUCCCACCAUCACAGGAUGCAGCAACCCACCAUCACAGGAGACAGCAACUCCCAUCACAGGAGGCAGCAACCCACCAUCACAGGAGGCAGCAACCCACCAUCACAGGAGGCAGCAACCCACUAUCACAGGAGGCAGCCACCCACCAUCACAGGAGGCAGCAACCCACCAUCCCAGGAGGCAGCAUCCCACCAUCACAGGAUGCAGCAACCCACCAUCACAGGAGACAGCAACUCCCAUCACAGGAGGCAGCAACCCACCAUCACAGGAGACAGCAACUCCCAUCACAGGAGGCAGCAACCCACCAUCACAGGAGGCAGCAACCCACCAUCACAGGAGGCAGCAACUCCCAUCACAGGAGGCAGCAACCCCCAUCACAGGAGGCAGCAACCCACCACCACAGGAGGCAGCAACCCACCACCACAGGAGGCAGCAACUCCCAUCACAAGAGGCAGCAACCCAUCAUCACAGGAGGCAGCAACUCCCAUCACUGGAGAGAGCAACCCACAAUCACAGGAGGCAGCAACCUGCAAUCACAGGAAGCAGCAACCCACCUCGCAGCAACCCACCAUCACAGGAGGCAGCAACCCACCAUCACAGGAGGCAGCAACCCACCAUCACAGGAGGCAGCAACUCCCAUCACAGGAGGCAGCAACCCACCAUCACAGGAGGCAGCCACCCACCAUCACAGGAGGCAGCAACCCACCAUCCCAGGAGGCAGCAUCCCACCAUCACAGGAUGCAGCAACCUACAUCACAGGAGACAGCAACUCCCAUCACAGGAGGCAGCAACCCACCAUCACAGGAGGCAGCAACCCACCAUCACAGGAGGCAGCAACCCACCAUCACAGGAGGCAGCCACCCACCAUCACAGGAGGCAGCAACCCACCAUCCCAGGAGGCAGCAUCCCACCAUUACAGGAUGCAGCAACCCACCAUCACAGGAGACAGCAACUCCCAUCACAGGAGGCAGCAACCCACCAUCACAGGAGACAGCAACUCCCAUCACAGGAGGCAGCAACCCAUCAUCACAGGAGGCAGCAACCCACCAUCACAGGAGGCAGCAACUCCCAUCACAGGAGGCAGCAACCCCCAUCACAGGAGGCAGCAACCCACCACCACAGGAGGCAGCAACCCACCACCACAGGAGGCAGCAACUCCCAUCACAAGAGGCAGCAACCCAUCAUCACAGGAGGCAGCAACUCCCAUCACUGGAGAGAGCAACCCACAAUCACAGGAGGCAGCAACCCGUAAUCACAGGAGGCAGCAACCCACCUCGCAGCAACCCACCAUCACAGGAGGCAGCAACCCAUCAUCACAGGAGGCAGCAUCCCACCAUCACAGGAUGCAGCAACCCACCAUCACAGGAGACAGCAACCCACCACCACAGGAGGCAGCAACUUCCAUCACAAGAGGCAGCAACCCACCAUCACAGAGACAGCAACCCACCGCCACAGGAGGCAGUAACCCACCUCGCAGCAACCCACCAUCACAGGAGGCAGCAACCAACCAUCACAGGAGGCAGCAUCCCACCAUCACAGGAUACAGCAACCCACCAUCACAGGAGACAGCAACUCCCAUCACAGGAGGCAGCAACCCACCAUCACGGGAGGCAGCAACCCACCAUCACGGGAGGCAGCAACUCCCAUCACAGGAGGCAGCAACCCACCAUCACGGGAGGCAGCAACCCACCAUCACGGGAGGCAGCAACUCCCAUCACAGGAGGCAGCAACCCACCAUCACAGGAGGCAGCAACCCACCAUCACGGGAGGCAGCAACCCACCAUCAAUACAAACUGAGCCAUCUUCAUCCAUAA